AUUUGCUUCGAAGGCAGGGAACAGGCUGGGUUGUGGCGAAAGAGGCUGAAAUUCGGGAUUUUUUAACAAAAGCCGGAGACGGAUUUUCUUCUUUUUGGCGACAUCUACUUCUGAGUGGUCAUGGAUUUCCAAAAGUUACUUAGCAUUGCUGCUAGAAACAAUGAAAGGGCACAAAAAGAGGUUGAUGAACGUAAGCGUUACAGUACAGUGCUUCCACCCCCCAAAAAGGAGAAGAGAAAUGGUGUGGACCAGGCUGCCAUCCGGGCCCGACUGGAAAGAAAGCAGCAGGAAGUACAACAGAAAGCUUCAGAUGAACAGGCUAAAAAACGGCAGCUGCUGAAACUUCGGGCUGAGUCGAAUAAAAAAGGCAAGAAAAGUGUCGAAAAACCCAAGGUUAGUGGACAGCGGGAAAGUGAUCAGAGGAAGCACGGCUAUGAGGACCAGAAGCACGAGCAGAAACACCAGUCCUUCAUGAAGAAGAUCCAGAAGGUUGCAGAGAGGACAAGGAAAGAAGGAACAGAGCCCGUUAGUAAAGUGGCUCCCGAUAGGCCGGCAAAGCCCAAGAAGCCAGCCCCUGUCCAGAAGGGGCCAAUGAGCUACAAGCAACUUCUGGCACUGGCAGCUGACCAGCAGAAUGGUGGGGGCAGCGCUGAAAACAAGCCCCACACUCAGGGAGGCACUGGAGCCGACUCGCAGCCGCCAGCCGAGCAGAGUGAGCCGAGGAACCACAGACAGGAUGGCAUGGCCGCCAAGAAAGCACUGGCCACUCGUAAGCUUGAAGAGGCCAGAAAACGGGAGUCACAUGAGCGAAGGAAAAGCGGGGAAGUGAAAUCCGGAAGUGGGUCCAACAGGAAACCGCAGGGCACGGCAACAGAAGGUCCAACCUCUCAUCACCACAGAACUAACGGGAAAGUGGCAGGCAAAGCCGAAACACCAGUACAUCUGUCUAGCACCAAGAGACCAGACACAGUGACCUCAAAACCUGCCACCAGCACGGCAAAAACAAAACAUUCUCCUGCGGGGACUGGCAAACGGUAUCCGAUCACCACAGACAUCAGGAAGAACGGUGCUCCAAACCCAAAUUGCACAAGACAGGGGAAGCAAGAACUAGAACGGAAGGGACGCCCGGCAAAGUUGCACCAGAGUCGGGUGGAGGAGUACUUUGAAAAGAAGCCCGCAGCCAACAGGCCGCGCAUCGCCCCGCCGUCACGCUCCCCACCCCGACGCCAGAGCAAACUGGACAGUUUCUUUGACAGGGCAUCUGCUUCCACCCCCGGCAGCAGCCAGGGUGGCAGUAGCAGGCCGCAGCCAGGCUUGGAGAGGAGAGUUCCUCCAGUGGGCGGCCAAGUCCCCAGGAAAAGGCCAGUUCCCUCAUCAGGUCCUCCUCCGUCCUUCCGUGCCAAGCGUGGCCGUCUCCUGAGCGAAGAGGAGAGUGACUAUGAAGAUGACGGUUUCAUUGAUGACACGCCCCUCGAGGAAGGGGGCGCCAAAGACGUGUCCAAAUACAUCAAGGAGAUAUUCGGCUAUGACAAGUCAAAGUACGACUACGUCAGUGAUUACCAGCUGAGGAACAUGGAGGCUAGCUUCCGAGAAAUCCAGAAAGAGGAGGCUAGAACAACCCGUCUGGGCAUAUUAGAGGAUCUGGAGGACAUAAGGAGAGAACGAGAAGAGAACAGGAGACUUAAAGCCAACACAGCCACCAAGAAGAGCAGACGGUGACGAAAAAGGAAAACCUGCUUCUAAUGGUUGCGCUCAACGUCCACAACUGCAGGAAAUUUCUCACUAUCAAUUUUAAGGAGGAGCCACUCAACAACACCGGUGUGUUUCAAAGACCACAAACGUGCCCAAUCUGGAUAGAAUUUGGCCAUUUAUAGGCUUACAGAAGCAGUGAUGACUUUUUUGCUCUCUCUUGCCAUUGAGAAAAAAGCCAAAGACUUUGGAGCUGUUAUUGUUUGGUUUUUUAUGAAGUUUGCACAACACAGACCCAACGCUUUACGUUUUUGCUCAUAUGUGACUUUCAGUGCAAUUUGAGUGCUACUUAAAAUUAACUAAAUGAUAUCUGAAGAUAAUGAACUUUCAAAGUGCAGUUAAGAUAAUCUCGUCACCAGACAGUUUCAUAAUAUAUACAUGUAUACACAGGUUCAUUAUUUUUUAUUCAACAAAGGGUGAAUAAUUCUGAAAUGGUUGAUGUGAACCUUGUGAUGCUAGGCUUUCUAAUUUAAGAUGCCUCUAACUUACCGUGACUGUCCUUCUCUAUGAAACAGUCUGAAAUACAAAUUUGCACAAGCUUUGUUUCUUAAUGCUGAACACAGACAAUUCAGUAUUUUUUAUGCAUAAUGUUGGGUUGGUUUUUAUUUGUGUGCUUUUUCUCUCUUUUUUGUGGUCAUCAUUUUAAUUUGCAAGGUUUGUAAACAUUUCCUACAAUUCCAUGUGACCCCUUUUCCCCAAUACAGGCGUUUCACAAUAGUGCGCCUCCAAGAGUUUGCGGCCCAUUGGCCAAUCACAAUGCAUGAAAUUUGUCGCC